GCUCCGCCGUCCUCCGUCGCCUAACUUCAGUGGUCUAUCUCCCACGUCUUUCUCUUCCUGUAUGGCAACCUACUGGGCGGGACGAUCGAUAGCCGAAGGAAGCCUCGGGAAGCGAUUCCUCCACCAGAUCCGUGCCGCUUCGCCCCUCCCCGCCGUCUCCGUCGCCUAUCCGGUGAUUUCUUCCGGGAUCCGGGCGCUGCACGAGUCGUCGUACGACAAGAACGUGGACGAGCAGGUGCGGCCGUGCGUGGUGCCGGACUAUGUAAUCGACGGCGGAAGCUCUGACAAGUACUGGGGGCCACACCCCACCACCGGCGUCUUUGGCCCGGCUGAUGACGGCGGCGCCUCCGCGGCCGGCAUCGGCGGGAAGGCAGCGGCCGCCACAGGGAUCAGUGGCUCAUCCGAGGUGAAGAAGACCGUGUGGUUCCGCCUCGAAGAGGGCGUCGACAAGGCUCCCUACGCCUGAUCAGCGAGCACGGCAAAUCGUUACAUAAUUAUAGUAGUCUAUAAAUAAAGUGCGUGGAAUAAUUAUUCGAUGGAUUGCUUUUGGUUCUAUCAGUAUGGCGUUCUAUUGUCAUGCAUGGUAGAUAUAAUGAUGAUGACGAUAUUGUAAGUGGCUUGUAUUAUAAUGCUAAAUGCUUUAAUAUUGUUCAAAGCUUUAUAUUGAUGAAUAAGAUGAU